AUGUCAGUAGAUAUACCACAAGAACCAAAAGAUACUGGAUUUUUUAAACCUCAACAUGGUUAUUCAGAUAUUAAUAUAAAAACUCAAAGUUAUUCAAAUAAACCAACUCCAAUAAAAGCUCAUAAUAAUACUGCUUCAGGUUUCAUAUCUGAACAUACUGAUAGUGCUCAUGCAAAAGAAUAUGGUAAAAAAGGUGGUAAAAAAUUAUUUGAUAUUUUAAAAGGUCAAUUAAUUGGAUUUCUUUGUCAUUAG